AUGAAAAUAUAUGUAGAAAUCGAACAUGAUGAAGAAUAUCACACAAUUGAUACUAUUCAUAAAAUUUGUGUACCUAGUCAAAAUCGUUUGCAAUCAAAUUCUAUUGUAGCCAUGAAUAGUUCAUCUUCAUCUAAAAUAGUUGAUAUGCCAAAUAAUUCUGAAUAUCAAUCAUUACGAUUAACAAUAGUCGAAAAUCAUGUUUUACUUGUUCCACAACAAGCAACUUAUGAAGAAAAUCUCGAACUAAUACCACCAUUAAUUCAUGUAAAAGAUACAACUAAUUUUACAUUCAAUCAAAUAAACAUUGCUCCAUUAAAAUCUAAAAGAUCAUUACCAGUAGUAUCAAUAUCUGAUACAAAUAAUAAAUCUUUUGAUGUCAAUACAAUUGAUCAUCAGAGUCAAAAAUCUGAAAUGAAACUAUCAUCUUAUUCUACAACUAUUCUUUUUCCUGUUCAAGAAGAACCAGAAGAAAUUCAGAUAUCCGAAGAUAUACUAUUUACUAAUAUAACAAAUAAAAUUAAUGAAUUAAUAACUUUUGAUAAUAAUGAAAAAUUAAAAUCUCUUCAUGAAAUGCCUUUAAAUUUGUCGAUUACUGUUCCAUCAGAUCAAGGGGGAAAAAGCGGAUUGUGGUAUCCCGGUAUCCUCCGUAUCCUCUGUAUCCCCGUCGUAUCCUCCGUAUCCCCAUUGUAUCC